UUUUUCUAAACUUGACGCAAUUUACCUAUUUUAUUGUAUUCCUUCUCUAAAAUUUUUUAGUUCAAUGUUUGGUGGUUAUCUAAAUAUGGUUAUGUCUCUACUAUUUUUGGAUGUUUUUGUAUUUUCCCAACAAAAUGAGAAGAGAAAUUUAACAACAACAACAAAUAAUUUACCCAAAAUAGUUAGGCAAAGACUUCUUGAAGAUGCACUUCUUCCUUGUAAUUCUUCAAAUGGAACGGGUCUGGAAUUAAUUGAAUGGUGGUAUAAACGAAUUGGUGGAGUUUAUAUUGGAGCUUUUAAUGCUACUUCAAGACAUGUACAUACAAACUGGACAAAGGAUGGGGCUUAUCAAAUAGCAGAUAAUGGAAGUUUAAUAAUUCAUAAUGUUCGUAGAGAACUUGUUGAGAGAUAUGAAUGUCUUUCAAAAUUUUUAAAUGGAACACAAACAAGAGAUUCAAUCCUUCUUCGUCUCGACUUUUCUUUUUGGUACGCACCCGAACCUUUUUCACUUUUUUAUGGUUCGUGUAUAUUUGCUCUGAUUUUCUGUGUUGCUUCUUUUCUUUUGAAUAUUUUUUGGAUUUUGAUUCGUUGGAGUGUUUUGAGUUGGAUUAAAAGGACAGAACGUUUGAGCCGUGUCCGGGCAAUGCUUGUUGCUAUGGAAAAAUAUAGACAAAAACAUAUGGAAUCGUUACAUGAAGGCUACAAUCGCCGAAUGUCAACUUUUCGAGAAAAUUACCACACUCAAGUUGAAACUAUUCGUAACUCUUAUUUGGAGUCUUCUGAGCGUUUUCGAGAUUAUAGACAAGCCCAAAAGGAGAAUGUUCAACAACACUUGGAUGGGUAUUAUCAACAGAUAUCUCGUCUUCGUGAAUUUGGCCAUAAAAGAGUUGAACAUUUAUGGGAAAGUUAUGAAAAGAGUGUAAAUGCAGUAAGAACCUUUACUUUAGAACAACGUUUAAAAAUAUUAAAUCAAUACAAAGUAAAACAACGUUAUGUAAAUAAAUUGUUGGAAGCUAUUGGGACAGAAACUAAUGUUGACAUUAUUAGUAGAAAGGAAGCAGCAAUUAGAGAAGUAUUGGGUGAAGAACAACCUCCCCCAACAUUUUGGUCUUCUUCCCACCAUCCAUCAAAUAAUUCAAAUCUUCGCCGUUCAGCUUCUUUUCAUUCUCUUCCGGAAUUUCCUUUAGUAGAUGAAAUUUUAGAAGAAGAAGAGCAACAAAUUAUUUAUGUAAAUUUAACAGAAUUUAAUAAAAAUAAAGAAGAAAUUGAAAAAGAAGAAAAAGAAUAUCUUUUAGCUUUACAACAACCUUCUACAUCAACAGCAUCUUCUAUAUUACCUUUAUUUAAUAAUAAUAAAAUUCAGGCUUGAAAAACUCAAAACGGGUCUUUUUUAAAAUUAAAAGAAUCUAAAAAAAAGAAAAACACUUCCCAAAGGAAAAAUUUUUUUUGUAAAAAUUAGAAGAAUUUUUUGUAAAUUUAUUUUUCAAAAUUUCCAAAUUCUCAUUUUACUCAUUUUUUUUCUAAAUUAUUAGUGACUGGAGUGACAAAGAAAUUGUUUUUUUUUCUGUAAAAUAAGAUGGUAAUUUUAGCUCUGUUUGUAUUAAAUUAACCCUAUUAAGUGAUACAUAUGCCUUCUUUAAAGAGGAGCAGGCCAAGGUACCGCAGAGCUAUAACUUCGUUCAGAUGUUUGAAUCCUGGACACCCUGAUAUGAUUUGAUGCACCUCGACUAGCUGAAUUGAACCAUACCGGAGCGUCCCAAAUUCGACAAUUCUAUAAGUAACAGCUCUGCAAUACCUUGGGUGUACCCCUUUAAAGAGGACAUAUUGAGGGGAAAAAGUUUGGAAUUUUUUAAAUGAAAGUAUAGUCAGGGAGAGGUUAAAGAAGUAAGGGGGGGGGAGAUGAAUAAAUAC